AUGGAGAACAUUAUACAGGACGACUCACCCCUCGCUCACUUGCUCCAAGGCCAGGGCAGAGGCGGCGAAGAUGACGACGAUACCCUACGCCCUCCUAUCCUUCGACACGCCGAUACCGACGUCGACUUCCAGGGCUUUGCACCCAAAGGACCCUCUACUCUGCAAUCGAGAAUAAGAGACCGCCUCCCACAGCCGUUGCGCAUACAUGCGCGCCAUGGCUCCAUUUCCCGUAUUCACUUGGCCUGUUCGAAGGCUGUCAAUUCGCGAUUGAGGCGUGCAGACAAUGAGCGCUUCCUCGAACACUUCCGCUACCUCAUCGUCGCCUCGCAGCUGCUUGGCGAGAAGGACGGCCUGCGCGCAUCAUCGAUAUCCGCCUUUGCGCCAGGCGGAAGCUCCGGCUUGCACGAGUUCAAGGUCGCCACGAUAAGCCCUACCGGCGCCGCUCUGACAGGCACAACAGCAUUUGCCUUGGUAUGGCUAGUCCACUGGUCUCGCCGCCAGCCCACCUUUAGCUGGAGUAGGUCAGCAUUUGUGGUUCUGGUCUUCGCAGUCGCUGCAUCCGCCGUAUAUGGCUUCAUGCGACGUCAAUGGCUCCGGUACCUGAGGCAGGAGGCUGUCGAUGGCGCAUCCGCCUUGGUCGCCAACCUGCAAGCCUUUGAAGCCUCUACGUCGUCUGCGCUUGCUUUGAUCCAAGAGGUAGAGCUCGUAUCUCGUGGCUACAGAUUAAGCUGUCCACUACCCCCAAUCUCGCGCAUCGAGGAAAAGGGUCAGGCCCGCCGUUGCCAACGUCUUCGUCGCAAUCUCCGCGCAGCAUACGCCGACAUUGUCCCCUUCCUUUCCGAGCAGUGUGGAGUCUUGAAGCCACUAAUUCAGGAAGAUGACUUGGAAAAGUACUUUGACGUUUACGAGAUCAGCAACCCGGAUCUGCAAGAGGCGGCUCUCAGCUACACUCCGUCCGAGUUCGAAGACGCCGAAAGCCUGAAAGCGCUUCGCACUCUCCAAUAUCGAUUGUCAAUUCUUCGCCGAGUGUACCUGUGCUCUCUCCUUGCCAUGGAGGCUGAUGGUGGCACGCUGGAUUUCCCACGAUGGUCAACAGUAGUCGACUCUAUCCUAAACACAGCCCGUCCUAUCGGUCAAUGGAGCGAAAAGUUCAAUCGAGUGCUAUUGGAAGAAGAGCAGUUUGUUUUGCCAUCGCCGGCCAAGGUAGCGCCCACCCCUGGGCGGGAAAAGAUUCGAAACUCAGUGCGUAAAUUGUCGGGACUUUCGAGCGGAAUCCGGGGUUUGCAGGCAAAGAUGCAGGUAUUGCGGGAAGAGACGAAUAAGAGCUUGGAAGAUGUGGAAGAUGCCAGUGAUCUGGGUCAUUCUCUUAUGGCGCAGUACGAAUCCAUUGGAGCCGAUCUCAAGAGUUUAGUGCAGGCUUGGGAAGCAGGGAAGAAUGCGCUUGCGUUGAACAUUGACCGACAGGAGCGCCGAAUCUCACAAGCAUCAAGCAGCGGUCUACGCUCGCCAGUUCCAAGCCUAGGUGGAUUGACUGCUGUUGACGAAGGAAGUCCGUCUGAUGCUCUGCGCGCUCUUAACGGCGAAACUUUGAGUCCUCGCGAGAGCGCCCCGUCCAGCGACCAGGGCAGUAACUCUGACGACGAAGUAUUCGAAGCCAUCGCAAUCCCCAAGACGCGCGUUACCAUGUCGAGAGAGGAACGGAUGCAAAAGAUUCAGGAUGACCGCAUUCGCCAAGCUACGCUUCGUGAGCAACGAGACGCAAACACCAGCAUGCUGAGAGAACUGGAGUCCGUGAUCAACCUGCGACCGCAUCGUGCAUCUGCACCUCCUGGAAGCCGAAUCACUAGCAUCUGA